CUGGACGAUCAUUUCCUGCUUCGCUUUGCCUCGCCGUCCGGUUUCCAUAACAACUGUCCAACCACCGCUAAAACUCUCUCUCUCACUGUUCAGAUAUUAUCCGUUUACCAAUUUUGUAUCUGAAAGUAGGUGAGGAGUCGAUAUUCCUUAUCGGCAAAUCGAUUCUGUCGCCGGAGAUAUGGAUACUCCGUCGAAGGAUCGUGCCUUCUAGCGCUGGAGUGCCGACCAUCGUACAUCUCUCCGGCUGCGAAAUCGGCGACCUCCUCUCCUCUAGCCACGUCUUCUUUCUAAACCCUAAACAAAGGACGACGGUGUUCCUCUCAACUCAGACUCCGAGUUAUUCCUAGCUUAGAACACCGGUAUUCCGCCAGAUAAAGAGUAGAAAUUAGGUAGAAGUAAAUAUUUGGGGGUAAUUUGAGUAAGCUUCGGCUCCGAUGGAGUGGAGGGAAUGAAAUAUUACAAGUGAUUUUGCAUCGGUGGUUCCAUGAGGAUUCAGCCUAUAGAUUUCACCUCACCUAAAGAACCGUCUGGAUAUGAACCGGUUAAGCCUGUGGCUAAGUCGCGGUUCAAGCGGCUUUUCGAGAGGCAAUUUCCUGCCCUUCUGAGGACUCUGUCGGGGGAGAAGCCGGCCGCCAGUGAGGAGCCCAGCUGCAACAAAGAUGCCUCGGAUGAGUUGUUCGAACCCAGCUCCGUUUGCUUGGCUAAGAUGGUUCAGAAUUUCAUCGAGGAAAGUGAGGAGAAGCAUCGAUGCAGUCGGAACCGAUGCUAUUGCCUCAACAAAAACUGUACGGACUCUGAGGAAGAUGCUGCCGAUUCAUGCAAUUGCUUCGGUGAAUCGAGCAAUAACUCCUCCUCUGCGGAUGCAUGUGAAGUUCUGAAACAGAGUUUGGUGGGUUGUGUGGUUGUAUCAGAGAGAAACCUCUUGGCAGACACAACUAAGAUCAUUGAGAAGAACAAGAUUUGCAAGCGAAAGGAUCAUGUCUGCCGGAAGAUCAUAGUGGAUGGCCUCAUAGCUCUUGGAUACGAUGCUUCAAUCUGUCAAUCUAGAUGGGAGAAAUCUGCUUGUAUAACUGCUGGUGAUUAUGAAUACAUUGAUGUGGUAAUUCAAGGAGAACGAUUGGUAAUCGACAUUGAGUUCAGAUCAGAGUUUGAAAUAGCUAGGUCCACAAAAACUUACAAGUCAGUUCUUCAAGCAUUGCCCAACAUUUUUGUGGGUAAAUGCGAUCGCCUGCAAAAGAUCAUUUCUAUAGUAUCUGAAGCAGCUAAGCAAAGUUUGAAGAAGAAAGGUAUGCCUGUUCCACCGUGGAGGCAAGCUGAGUAUGUCAAGGCCAAAUGGUUCUCUCCCUACACUAGAAUUGACUUGACAUCUUCAAAGGCAGAGACUUGUUUGAAGGUGGAGGAGGAGAGUGUGUGUUUGUGUGAAGCUAACUUGAAAGUGGGAAAAUCGAAGCCGAGUAGUAGGAAGGAAGAUGAUGAGAGUUGCAGUGAGUUUGAGGUUCUGAUGUUUGGAGAGGGAACUUCUAAGUCCAAAUCUUAUGGUGAAGAUGAUGAUAAGGAGGUGGGAGUAGGUGAAGCACAGGAGACUAAAGUGAAUGGAGGGAAGAAAAUGACUGGUUUAUCUUCUUUGAUUGAAGAGAAGGCUUGAAGUUUUGGAGCUUUAAUUCAAUGGUCUCUGUGUUUUAGUAUACUAAUAAUAUUUUUUUUCUUUGUUUUCUGCCCCUGGGUUUUGGUAUUUGGGGCACUAUUGAAUGCAGUCCAAGUAUUAUAUGUCUUGGCCUAAGUAUGUCUUGAUCAAGUAAUGCCCUUCACCUUUUAAUGUAAGGGUACUAAGUGUUAAUGCAAUACAAUCACUAGUAGUAAUAGUGGCAGUAGUGAAGAAUAGGGGUUGUGUAACUCUGACAUUUUGGUGUGUGACCUCAAUAAUAUUGAUUGAUCUUAAUAACCCAUUGUUUGAUUUUA